UUGAGGUUUUAGGGUAGAGUAUUAUCGCCGCCAACAGAUGAAACAACUGACACGAGAAGCAUAACUAAGAGAGAGGCAAAAACUCAGACUCCAUCCAUUACACAGAAAAUUUCUAGAAUCAAAAACUCAGAGCUUCUGUAGACAUCCAAUGGGUUCUUCUCUAAUUCGCUGAAUGCCAUAAAUAAAGUAUUAUUGGAGACGGUGCUGGCUGGGUUUGCAGUUUUAAGAUUUGGGUAUUUUUUCUGAAAAUUAAUUGUGGGUCUUGAUUCUAUGUGCGCGUCUGUGUGAGUCCAGCGGGUCGGCAAUUCGCUUCCAUAUGUAUUCUGAAGAUUACCCUGAGGCCGUCGGGUCCUCAACACCCGUAGUAGAGUUUGUGUCGGAAUCAGAACUGUGGGAGGAGCAAGCAAACUGGGAUGACCAAGACAAAAGCUUAUAUUUGUGCGUAGGCGACUACUAUGGGAGAAGAGGCAAGGUACUGUAUGUUGUUUAUCGUAUCAAUUUGAAAGCCCUCUUGUUUAGUGAGGAUCUAGAGUUUGAAACCGUGUUCGAAGUUCCCAAUAAUGAUAAUAUUGGGAAUUGUGCCGGAUUUGGUAUGGGACUUUCUAUGAUAUUCUUGGGUGGAGGAUUUAGAGCCAAGUACUCGAAAGAAUUUGUUGUUCCAGAGCCAUGUACAGGUAUUCUGGCCUAUCGCAUUCGUAAAAUUUUUGAAGAUGGUGGUUUAGCUCAUUUCUUAGACGGCAAAGUGAGGCCACUUAUAUGGGAGGUUGAAGGAAAUUUGUUCGCUCUCGCUCGUAACCCGCCUCCUCGAAUUGACACCGGUUUCCCAGCUAGUGAAUGGAGAAACUGUUUUGAAAUGUAUGACCGGGCCCAGAGACGAUGGGUUGGUUUGCCGGACCCUCCUUCUUAUGCUGAAUACCCUGUCGCUGCUGUUGAUGAGUCUGGUGGUGUUGGUGGUGGUGGUAUUGAUGAGGAGGAGGAGUUAGUUGGUUGUGAUGACGGCGCUUUGAGAAGGCACUGUUACUAUUCAAGCUUCUCUUAUGCAAUUUUAGGUAGCCAACUUUUCGUGUCUAAUCCACACUAUCAUGAAUAUUCAUACAAGUGCAACCUUCCCAGCAAGCGUGAAAACUGGCCAGUUGAGUGGAAAGUUUCAAGUUUCCAAUUUCAGGGUGUAACUCUAGGGGUUCAAACGGCACAAGGGUUUGUAGUCUUUUCCUAUGAUGUCAAUUUCCAUCCACCUGAAUAUGUAGUUAAACUUGAAGAUAAUCCCUACUUAAAUAUCAAAGUGCAAUUGUUGAUAAAUGGCUAUGAUGAACCGGUGCUUUCUCAAUCUCUAAUGAUGCCGCAAGAGCUGGAUGAAGUUCAAGACUCCCAGUUUGUUCACCUAGGAGGUCAAAAAGUCUGCUUUCUCUAUUCUAGAAUGAGAGAUUCCAAGUUGCUUGUAACCGCCAUCACAUUUGGCUUCCAACUCGAACAGAGAAAUAGCGGCUUCAAAGUCAAAGCCAAAUUUUAUCCUACUCGCAACUGGGAAUUCCAAAAUAAGGCUGGGUCUAAGGCUAAAGUUUGGGGCACGGAACAGAUGGUUGGUGCUGUUGUUGGGUAAGAUAAUGAAGGGAAGGGAAGUGCAUGCUCAUGUGGGACCUUGCAGUUGUUGUUCUCCAUUUAGACAUCUAUUAUCUAGUUUUAUCAAGAUCAGUAGUUCAUCUUAUCUAAUGGUACACAUUCUUAUAUUUUAGUUCUUUUCAAUAUUUCUGGUUUUAUCAUGAUAGUUGUUCAGAAGUACUGUAAUAUUUGUUUUAGCUUUAUCUUGUUUGGUUUUGCAUAUUAUAAUAUGGGGGUUUCAAUGUUGUUAAGUUCA